GGGGAAAUGAGUGGCGGCAAACAAUUUGGAAAACUUGAACAAUUUUGGGGUUUCCCCGCUCAAAGUAUUGGUGGUUGUGUAUGUGCGCAUACAUAUAUACAAACUUUCAGAGUGUUUGCUCGUUCAGCUUCUCUGUCUCUCAAGGAAAGUGUAGUAUUUGAAGUUGUACUGGCACUAUGGAAUGUUUACGAAAGGCCAUUGAGGCCAAAGAAACAGCAGAAAAGAAGAUGUUAAUUGAUGACUUUCAAGGGGGUCGGAUUAGUGCAAUGGAGGCAAACAAACUUUUCCCUCAACUACAAAAUAUUUCUCAGAUCUUAGCAGUUUGUGAUGUUCAUUGUGCUGCACAGAAGAUAGUAUUUGGGUCAGAAAAGGACUGGUAUGAAAUCCUUCAAGUUGAAAGACUAUCUGAUGAUGCUACCAUUAAGAAGCAAUACAGGAAACUAGCUCUGUUACUUCAUCCGGAUAAGAAUAAGUUUCCAGGUGCAGAAGCUGCUUUUAAGCUGAUUGGUGAAGCAAACAUGGUGCUCUCUGACAAAGUAAGAAGAGCUUCCUUCGAUAUCAAACAUAGAGCCUAUAAGACUGCUCCUCUGCCCAAGGCACCACCUCGACAAAGGAAAACAAAUGCUGUUGUCAAGAAAGCAGAAGUUAAAAACAUGAAGCCAGAUGCCUCUGAUUAUCAAUUUAAUAAGAAUUAUUCAACACAAUCAACAAUCCCUAAGAUGUUUUCCAAUCUAGGAACAUUCUUUUGCCAUCUCUGCAAGCGUCAGUAUCCAAUAAAGCCUCUAAACAGGGUCUCUUCCUGUCCUAAUUGCUUCAAGGAAAAUGUUUUUAAUCGCCAAGGUGCAGCGCCAGAAUCUAAGCAGGAUAAUUUUAGGCCUCAAGGUGGCAAUGCAGUUCCUCAGCGAACACAGGUUCCAGUACAGGGCUUUAGAGUUGGUGUACAAUAUACAGGAAGGUUUCCUAGUUCAGAAUUGCGAUCUGAAGUGAAUCCUGGAAGGAAGUUUGGGUCUGAACAUGUGAAACAAACUGGAUGUACUAUCGAAGUUGGUGGACAGGGUACAAAGUUUACUAAUACCAAUAUGGGUUGUGAAGCAAAUUUCGUUCCAUGUUUUGGUGCAGAACAGAUGAAACAUACUGCUGGCACUAAUAAAAUUAAUGGCUCUGUCAAGAGCAAAGCUGAAGAUGUUAGUUCAAAGGCAAAUAUGUCCAAUGCUGAGUCAGCAAAGGCUAAGGUAUCAAGUAUUUCAAAAGACAAAAGCAGGAAAAGGAGGAAAUCAGAAGCAGACAUCACUGACAACUAUGAGAACAGAAGUUCUAUAAGAGAAGAGUUAACUUCUAAAGAAAGAAGGGGAAAUCCCACUGCAAGUUGUAAUAUAGAAGAGAGUAUCAACUCUACCAGAAAAUCAUCUCGACAAAGAAAGGAUGUAUCUUACAAUGAAAGUAUCGACGAUGACGACGACUUCAUGAGUCCUUACAAUAAAAUUUCAGAGGAUGACAAAGUCAAAGCUGCUCAUGCAGCAGUUCCUCCUGCAGUUGUAGAUGAGUAUCCUGAUCCAGAGUUCAGUGAUUUUGACAAGAUUAGAAACCAAAAUUCUGUUACUGUUAAUCAAAUCUGGGCUUGUUACGAUACAGUUGAUGGCAUGCCAAGGUUCUAUGCCAAAAUUAAGAAGGUUGAUUUGCUUAAAUCUAAGUUGCGUAUUGCUUGGCUAGAGGCUGAUCCUGAGAAGCAAGAGGAGAUUGAUUGGGUAAAUGAGGAGUUACCUGUAAGUUGUGGUAAAUUUAUGUGUGUAUACCCCGAAGAAACUUUAGAUUAUCAUACAUUGUCUCAUCUAGUUGGUUUUGAAAAGGGAAACAACAAACAUAGCUAUAUUGUAUAUCCCAAAAAGGGGGAGACCUGGGCCCUGUUCACAAACUGGGACAUUGGAUGGAGUUCAGAACCUGAUAAACAUAGAGAAAACAAAAUGGAGAUUGUGGAGAUUCUUUCUGAUUUUUGCCUUAAUUCUGGGAUUAUAGUUGGAUAUUUAGGAAAAGUCAAAGGGUUUGUAAGUGUUUAUCAGAGAAAAAGUGAAGGAGCUGCUUCAGUUUUAAUUCCAUCCAGUGAAAUGCUUAGAUUUUCACACCAAAUUCCUUCAUUUCGUAUGACUGGUUCUGAAGGAGUAGGUGUCCCCCAGGGUUCUUUUGAACUAGAUCCUGCAGCUCUACCCGUGGAUCCAAAAGGUGUAUAAACACAAUGCUAUGACAGAUUUGAAGCCCUGAGCUGAAGUCACUGUAUAUUUUGCUAGGAAGCUGAUAUGAAGGUGCCUGCCUAGUUUAUGAAAUGAUCCAUAAGACUUUUGUGAGUUAUUAAAUUUCACCUCUUUUGUCUUGAGAUUAUGUAGAGCAAUUAAGUUCUAGGACUAGAGUUGAAUCAAGACUAUGCAGAUAUUUGGAAAUAUGGCUGUCAUUUUACCCUAAAUUUGUCCGGCAUAUUUUUUGCUUUCUUUGUCUGAUAAGUUCUACUAUUUGGAUAUUUUAAGGGAAGCUAUGGAGUUUCCUGUUUUAACUUUA